UCCUGCAAUAGAAAGUGAGGGGAGAAGGUGAAGGCAGAAAUACGGAGCUGAACAACCUCUUUCGUCGCUUUAAAGGUGCGUUACAAAGGCCAUUAGCUAAACAACUCCCGCGAGUAUCAAGAAACCAACUCGGGAUGUAUGCAGACGACUCCGCCACAGGUCGCAACUGCUCUCAAGCUCCGACGGUAGCGUCCAGUUUUCCCAAGAUGCUCUUGUGAACUGAGGAGGAAAGAUGCCGCGUACCAAGCAGAACAACCCCAAAAAUCUAAAAGAUAAAAUCGAAGAGGCCCAGAAAGAGCUGAAAGAACCCACGGGCUCACGGAAAGGCAUAUCUGAAAGCAAUCGCCGAAUUGAAGAUAACAUCAAAGGUUUGAAGAGGAAAAAGGUUGUGGCAGAGAACAAGCAAAAGAAAAUUCCAAAAUCCCCGGCGAAGAAACCACCGCAGCUGAAAACUCCCGAAACUGUCGAAGGAGGAACCCCCAAGGAGAACGGACCUUGCUCCCCUGCUUCCGGCAGUCCCUCCCAUCAUCCCUCAACAUCACUGAGCGAGGAAGGAGAAUCACAAGAUGCGCAACCUGUUGAACCAUCCCCUGACAAAGGGGACUCUGUCACUGACCAUGAAAGGCUAACGCAAGAGAACGCCAAGUCAAUGCUGCCGUCCCACGGACCAACCAAUGAUGAUGACGGUUCUCUAAAAGCGGCUCCACCCAAGGACGGUAAUACCCAAGCCCGCAGCUUUGAUAAGGAUCCUUACCACACCAGUGCGCCGCUCGAUGUCCUACUGAAGGCGAUGGAGCCCGACAUGCUUACACUUACUGACAGGAAACAGACCUUCCAAGUCACGGCCGCCGCGGAACCGACUUCUAACCUUCAAUCUCAAGCCACGAGUGAAUUGUCCAGCAUGACGGCUGUUAAUAUCGGUCUCCAUACUCACUCGUCUCCUUUGCAGACGUAUUAUAUCGACAAACAGGGUAAUUUCAUUGGCAUUGCAGCACCAUUGCAGGAAGGUGUACAGGCAUCAACACAGGGUGACCCUUUGCAGCCAUUAUCUUUUGCAAAUCAACAUUUUAUUCCUGUUGUAUCUAAUCCGGAAAAGCCCAGAAUUCACAUGAGUUUUAAUACCGGACUGUCUACGAUCACUCAUGCGCCGGCUCCCUCGGGCUCAAAUGCUUUGCCAAAAAGCCAACCCCCAAUUGUGCACACCUGCCAGUCGCUCUCAGCAAGUGUGCCCAGCACCAUUCAGGUCCCAGUUACACCCGGAAACAACCAUGUUCAGAUUACAACUUUAAUGAACUUUGGGUCAGAGCAGGUUUCCAAGGACCAAAAGCAGAAGAAGCCGGGAAAAUAUGUUUGUGAAUACUGCAACCGGGCGUGUGCAAAACCCAGCGUGCUGCUCAAACAUAUCAGGUCUCACACCGGCGAAAGACCAUACCCUUGCGUAACUUGCGGGUUUUCCUUCAAAACCAAGAGCAACUUGUACAAGCACAAGAAAUCACACGCUCAUGCGAUCAAACUCGGUCUCAUUGCGCGCUCCGAAUCGGGAGGGGCACUGCAAUCACACGACUCUGACAAAGCCCUCGGAACACAUUCAGAGGUAGAUGAGAGCGGAGACAGUGACGACGACGGAAGCACCGUCGAUCUGGAUCCGGAAUCAUCGCAAAGUAGUGCAGCGGCCUUGUCAGAAAACAGCCUCCAAAGCGCUGGUACAAACCAAGCAAGCUACGGAGAAAUGGACUCAACGGCUGUGUUCGACUCAAUGAAACCGGCUCUCGCCCAAAGAGGUCAUGAGCACAAAGUGACAGCUGUGCUCCCAAAAGUUGUCGUCUAUCCAGUUAACGUUUCACCUCUGAGGGCAGAUAGCCCUCGAGUGACCGGCGCCGCACCUGAACAAGCUGCUUCGCAACGGCAACGAGAGUUUCCAAAUGUUAAUCUGAGAUCGAACAUCACGGCCCUGUCGUCUCUGAAAGAGGUAGUGAGUACAAGUCCCUCACUAGAUACAGUGAGCGAGGAUGAAGACCAACAGUGCAAGUCUCCACUCUUAAGUGGGCACGCUCAGCUCCAGAGGCAACAAGCGACAGACUUUUCUCAGCAGCAACAAGCCAAGUGUCUCCUUAGUCCUCGUAGUUUGGGAAGUACAGAUUCUGGCUACUUCUCUCGCUCCGAAAGUGCCGACCAGGCAAUGAGUCCACCGAGUCCAUUUGUAAAGAUAACGCCACCAGCUGAAAUGGACGUCUCCAAAAAGGAUACUUCUCAUCUCCCUCCUGUUGUUUCGACGGUAAUGCAUGUCGCAGUGGAGAAUUUGUCACAAGCAAAAGAGGGACAGAUGCGCCCCCCGUUAGAAACAAAAGCCCUUUCUCUUGAGGAAAGAAUUUCAAAGCUGAUAUCCGACAAUGAGGCGGUGGUGGACAACAAGCAACUGGACAGCGUUAAACCAAGGCGAACAUCUCUGUCAAGGAGAGGAAGCAUCGACUCUCCAAAAUCCUAUAUAUUUAAAGAUUCUUUUCAGUUUGACCUGAAACCAAUUGGAAGGAGGUCAAGUUCAAGUUCCGACAUCCCCAAGUCUCCGUUCACUCCCACAGACAAAUCGAAGCCAGUUUUCCUUCUCUCUGUACCUUCUCAAUACUCAAUGGAUUGUUUGCCGAUCACAAGGAGCAACUCGAUGCCUACCACGCCAGGGCACUCCGCUCUUCCGCUCAAUAUUGCCCACCUGCCCCACCCUUUGCGAAUUUCUCAUUCGUUUGAUGAGAAAAGUUCAAUCAAUGAUGAUGUAUUUUCGUCUGCGCCAUCGACCCCCAAUCCGGCAAUACAUUCUCGGACCUUGGUCAGACAAGCCGCAGUGGAGGAUUUUUCUACCAGUGAGGGGCAGAGACUUCCUACCGUUCGCUCGAUGGAUGACGGAUAUCACAGCGCAAAUAAUAGCAUGGAACUUAUGCAGAGAAGUCGAUCUUUUGAGCACAGUCAGGACAGACAAAGAAAACUUCAGCAAAAUAAAGGCACGAUGUAUGAGUGUGAAACUUGUCGAAACCGGUACAGAAAGCUAGAGAAUUUUGAAACGCACAAGAAAUUUUACUGCUCGGAACUUCAUGGGCCAAAAAACAAGCCAGUCGUCGUGAAAGAAACAGAUCAAGACGUCUUUCACGUCAACAUGCAAACCAAUUUAGUUUCGAGGUCAACAGGCGGCCCAGGAUUCGUUGAACAGCAGACAUCAUUCAGAAAGAGAAGGAAAAUGAAAAGCGUCGGCGAUGAGGAUGAUCAAUCGCCAACCGACACAAAUCCCCCUUGCUCGGUUAGUUUUGAUUCCUGUCAGUUACUGAAAAGCUUUGGAAAUCCAAUUUUUCCUCAGCAUACCGUCAUGGUCGACAUACAACCCAAAACCAGCCAGCCCAAGCUACCACAAAUUCAACUCGUCGCACGCGGUACAUGUGCUUCAGAUUCAAGACUGUCACCAAUCCGAGAGACUCAGAUCAGCACCUCUGCUCAAGCAGAAAUGCAGAGGCAAAGCUGCGGUACUUCAGUCAUUCGACACACCAACUCUCUCAGUAGGCCGAGUUCAUUUGAGACCGAAUCGACAGAUAGGAGUUCUCCGCUGGAUAGUCGAGAAAAAGACCCGACGAAUUCCAAAGCAGAUGUAAGAGCAGCUGACGUCUACCAUGAAAAGUUACCGGACAAAACUACAGAAGCAGAUUCCAGUCCUCAAAAAAUGGAUCAAUGCACUGAUCGUACCGUGGCAGUCGCAGGAGAAACCUCCGCUCCUGCCCAACAGUGUCGUCUAGUGCGUCAAAACAACAUCCAGGUCCCUGAAAUUUUGGUCACCGAAGAGCCCGACAGAGAACACGAAACGCAGCCUUCCGAGCAGGCGGAAAAGCCCGUAGAUCAAUUCAGCUGGCCACAAAGAAGUGAGAGUUUGUCGAAGCUGCCAGCAGAGAAACUUCCACCCAAAAAGAAACGAAUUCGUCUUGCUCAAAUGGACCACUCGUCAGGUGACUCCAGCUUGGAGUCGAGCCUCUCGCGAAGCCUGAGCAGAGACAGUACUCUCUCGCACUGUUCCAGCAUUUCAACCUCUUUUGACAGGGAAGAACCGUCGAGGUCAGAGAGUCCUUCAGGAGCCGACUGCGUCAGCAGAAUUCCUGAGCCACAAGAUCAGCCAAAAGUCUUCAGCACACUCGGUGUACCGGCAGUGAUGAGGCGUGCAGCAUCCGAACAGAUCACUUGUACUCAACCCUCGGUAGAAAUUUCAUGUGACUACCGCAGCAAGUCUUUUGACUGUGGCAAUGUCUCUCCCAGAAGAGGUCAAUCACCCGUCGAUCAUCCUAAAAGUGGACCAGUCACCCAAGGUGCCCAGGUUCCGCUUAUUGAAAGGAGGCGGGGGCCUUUAGUCCGCCAAAUGUCUCUAAAGAUAUGCCCAGAUAAUCAGCAGUCUGUUCGGAAAGCCGUCAUAAAUCUUGACAAAGCUCCAAUUACAAAUGUAAACUCUGUAAACCCAAACAGAGCCCAACUUCAAAUUGUCAACAGAUUGAAUGUGGCCCAGCCUUUCAUUGUCCAUUCUGGAGAAUCACCCCUGCAAAGAAACGAACAAAUGGUCCAAAGUAUACAUCUGGGGAGCCCUACGCAGCAGCCCCAAGUCCAUGGCCUUCCUCACCCUUGGCAUCAAACAUCCCGAGUUCAAGUAUGCCAAAAGGCACAGAAACCCGUGAGCCAGAUUUUAGUCGGAAGUGAGAACACCCUCAACAAACCAGCUGAUUUGGAAGACAAUAAAUGCCUUGUGCCCAAAUACCAGCUGCAAUGUCCGACACAAAGGCCAGGUCAAACAUUUUCAUUCUCCGGCACGCAGGAAUCUCAGCUAAAUUUACCAGUUUUAAAAAUGCCCGCUGCCCAUCCCAUUUUGAGUGUUUCCCAAUCAUCAGACGUACUCCAGAACAUCUGUACGAAUCAGCCAUGUCCUUAUUCAGACGUUGAGACAAAGUCUGAUGUUUUGGCUGUCGAACAGCAAAGAGACUCAAAUGUUCAGACCCAGGCAGGUGGUGUUCCGUUGCCACAGAUCCUCAUAACACAUGAGCUGAUGCACACUGCUCCCACUGUCUCAAACAAAAGUACCCUUCGGCCCGCUCAUAUCGUAGAUGCUGAAACUCAUGCUUCACCAAAGGAUUGGACUAAAAUCGUUAGCCUUCACAAUAAAACAGCCGAAAGGCCGUCAUCCCUGGGUUCUUUGCACUGCACUCAGAAACUUGCGUCAGUCACUCUUUGCCCGCAACAGGAGCCCAUUGCGUCGAGUAAAAGAAUGCUGUCACCCGCCAACAGUUUGGAUAUCUACAUGGAAAAGCAUCAGAAACGCGCUAAGGAUGAAAACGGUGUGGCCUGCCUGACCGACGGCAGGUCGGUCAAUUAUUUGAACUCCACUUUGUCGGAAGUGACCAGACAGCGGAAACUAACGCUGGUCCGGCAGGUGUGCACAACGGAACCCGUUGACAGUCCGAUUGAGACAGAGGCCCCUCCUUUGCCGCAUGUUAAAACCGAUUCAGAAAAGGAUCUUGACGAUGUGAAGCCAAUGUCACCUGACAGUACCGGCCUGGACAAAGGGGCAAGCACGGUUAUUCCUGAAGAUCCUCGCCCUGCCCUAAAUACUACUGCCCCUGAUCGCCAGGGUGCCUCGUUGCCAGCCAGUCACUCCCUCAAGCCUCAAGAGAAAGUGGAAGAACAUCGGUGGAAUCCCAUAAAAUCGCCCAUAAGACCAUCAAGUUUCCAUGGCGGUCAAGUGAAACUGCCCACAUCUGUUUCCGUGGUGAACACAAAGGACAGUCAUCGCCUGUCUUUCCCCAGCCUGAAGACGACCACCACUUUUACGUGGUGCUUCCUGAUGAGGAGAAAACAACUUCACACUCUCCAAACGGAUCUGAAAACGUCGGCAUAUGCUGCUUGGACCGUCAACCCAAACAAUCCAAACCCACUGGGCUUGCCCACCAAGGUGGUCAUGUCUCUCCUCGACUCCAAACAGAGCUCGAAGAAAAUCCGCUACACCUCGGCGAUAAAAACAUCUGGAAAAUCGGAUAUCUUGUCUUACUCUGGCAAGCUGAAAGAUGUCAUGCCACAGGUGCCGGUGACCCAGAAGACCAGAUCAGCGGAAGCCAAAACGAAAGCGCAAACAGAAACUCAUUCCAGCAAUGAGUCAGACAAGGAGCUAACAUCAAAAACAGAGCCAAGACGAAUCAAAAUCUUUGAUGGCGGAUACAAAUCUAAUGAAGACUAUGUUUACGUACGUGGGCGAGGGCGCGGUAAAUACAUCUGUGAGGAAUGCGGGAUCCGCUGUAAGAAGCCCAGCAUGUUACGCAAACAUAUUCGCACCCACUCUGACGUUCGGCCGUACCACUGCACCCACUGCAACUUCUCCUUCAAGACCAAAGGAAAUCUCACCAAGCAUAUGAAGUCCAAAGCGCACAGUAAGAAAUGCAUGGAGAUGGGGGUGUCCAAUGGACUCACUGACGAUCAGGAUGCAGAGGAUUCAGGAGACCGCAGUCAAGUGAGUAGCGCCGACCGCCCAGACUCAGACGGCGACGACUCCGACGGCCCUGACGAGGAAGAGAACGAGGACAACGAUGAGGAAGAGGAGGACAGCCAAGUGGAGUCUGGCCUGUCCACAAACCCUUCCGUGUCCGCCAGCCCGCAGCAUAUUCCGUCGAAAGACAACGAGGUCCCUCCGAGUGCCCUCCUGGCCCAGAUGUCGAUCAGUUCCCUGGCGCAGCCGCAAGCUCCCGAACCCCACGCAUCAGACUCUGUCCUCAUCAUGAACCCUUUGUCGCUGAGUAAGCAGUACUCAAUCUCUGGCUACUGCCCGAGCUUGGCGCCCCUUUGUAGCUCUCUGCCCCCUGUCGCCGCCGCCACCGAGUCCAAUUUCUCCGAUACGGAGUCGGUGCACAUGAUGAGCCCGGUAUCGCCAUGCAGGCAGAUGUCCAUUGACUACCCUGACUGUGAGGUUCCACCGAGUCCCCCGGUGACAGGGACAGGCUUUAGACCAUGCAAGGAACCGUCAUCCGCCACUCAUCCUUGGGGAAAAAACGAGUCUGGCAUACCAGUUGAUCGAAGCACACAGACGUCAACGUCACAAAGUCCGACGCGCGCUCCCCUGCAGGGUCUCUCUCAAGCCCCAAUAAUGGAGACACAGACCCACUUGUUCAGUCACCUGCCUCUGCACUCCCAGCAACCUUUCCGCUCGCCUUAUAGUAUGGUUCCUGUUGGCGGCAUCCAACUGGUGCCUGCCGGAUUGGCAGCUUAUUCCACCUUUGUGCCAAUUCAAGCCGGCCCCGUUCAGCUCACCAUCCCGGCCGUGAGCGUUAUCCACAGAAACACGAGCCCGUCGACGGCGCCCGACUCUUCGCCCCGGCCGGACAGCGUGCAGACCCAGCCGCUUGUGAUCCAGGAACCAAUCAGCAACGUGGUGCCCUGCUUCCCGAUACGUCAAGUGACCGACUUGCAGGGUCAGACCUUGCAGCCGACGCUCAGCCUAAUGGGCCUGACCAACACGGGGCUAGCAUCCAGCCAAAUGCUUCCCCAGCAAGGGGUCGCCCUGCAGGUUUUGGCUGCGAGCCCCACCUCCCAAACCAGCACCACCACCCAGACACACAUGCCGGGCCUCCAGAUAGUGAACAUUGCCCUGCCUGCCAUCAUUCCCUCUCUCAGCCCGCUACCAUGCCGUAGUCCCCUACCGUGGUCGUCCGACAGGCAAGGGAGCCCCGACACCCUGGGGGCACAAUCAUCUCAAACGCAAAGUCCCUCAGCUUGCGCGGCCACUCCGCGGCCGGCGUCCUUGCCAGUCAGCACUUCUCCAGAACUGAAUUCAGGCAGCGGGCCGGGCACCGUUGCAGGGCUGACACAGACUUUGGAGAAGGCGCAAAGGGAGAAAUCCUCACAGCAGCAUGCAGCCCCACAAAGUCCAGCACAUAGUGUGGCAUCCCCUAAGCAAGGUGGUGAUGAUGCACCGAAGAGAGCGGCACCGGUGGCCAGCUGGCAGAAGGUCAUUGAUGACUUCAACGAGGUUUCCAGUGAUGAUGAAGACAGACUGGUCAUCGCCACCUGAAAGGCUUUCCCGUUGUUGAUUUUGUACGUAAUUGUAGUCACUUUAAGACUGAGAACACUUCUUCAGGGGUUUGUUUCUGUACAAAUCGCCUUUCAAAGCACAGAUGCUGACACUCACAUUGUACGUGCAAUCAUAUGGCAAUUGUAAUGACGACCAAUCAUUUUAUUUUCUAUUUUUGUCAGCUCCAGAAAAUGUUUUUGUACAUGUUGUAUAGAUAAUUGUGCCUUUAUGGAGUUUCUUGUUUAGGAACCUGUACAUAAUUUUAUCUAAAUUAAGUAGUUGCUUGUGUUAAUGAACACACACACACACACACACACACACACACACACGCACACACGCAGGCGCACACACACGCACGCACACACCAAAUUAGAAGUGGUAUAGCAAUGGAGGAUAUCACUUUUUUUUUUUUUUUUUUACCAUCUUUCAUUUGUAAAUUUAUUGAAUUAUAAUUGUCAUACCGGUAUGUGUACAUUUCUAUGGAUUAUGGGCAAUGUUUAUCUGUACAAAUGUUGUGUUCAACUAUUUAUUAUAAUCCAUCUAGUGCCCAUUCAGACUUUUGGUCCAUUGGUAUGUGCAUUACGGUAGCUUUACUUUGAUGUAUCAAUCUUCUGAACAGUAUGAGUAAAAAUUUGUUUAUAAACACUCAA